AUGCAUGAUCUUAAGAGACUUCUGCAAGUUAAAGCAUCUUCGACAUUGAAGUUUUUUGUUUUGAAAUACGGAUGGUUCUAUUAUAGUUGCACAAAAUUCUCUUUAAAAUCUCAUUCUCCUACACAUUCUUAUAAAUGUGGUUGUGGUGAAGACGUUAAACAGUCUAUACUAAGAUAUAAGGUUGAGAUUUAUGUAAGAGAUGGAGAUGCAAAGUAUGGAUUUGUGUUCUGGGAUAGUGAUUGUGUGAAUAUCAUAGGAAAAACAGUUGAAGAGAUGCGUAAAUCAAUGCUAGAGGAUGGAGAAGAUGGUCCUAUGGUGUAUCCUGAUGAGCUUGAUUCGCUUUUAAACAAGAAAAUGACAUUUAGAGUUAAGAAUGCAAAGGUUGUAAGCAGUGAAGAGAAUGUUGAUUUAUCUGCUUGUUCAAUGUCUGCAUGUGGAGAGAAUGAACUUGAUUUCAACGGUGAUGUGACUCCAAUUAAAGUGAAUUCAUCAAUUUCAAAGGAUGACGAUCUUGACUAUGACAUUGUUGGAGCUACACAAUACUCUAGAACCAAACCACCAAAGAAAGGAUCUACAAUGUUUUUUGAAUUAUCAGCUAUGCAAUUAUUAACUAAUACAUAUGUUGUUCCUGAGUCAAACAUAAAUUCUAUGACACCUUCUAAAAACAAUGAUCUGUUUAUGGAUUCUGAAGAUAGCAAUUUUAAAGGAUGUUACUAUGACAUAGAAGAUCCAAUUGUUCAAUGUCAGGAGUGCGGUGCCAGUAUAUGGUAUCGGGAAAGAAAAUAUAACAUUCGAAAUGCUGCACAUCCUAAAUUUUCAAUGUGUUGUGGAAAUGGAAAGAUUCAACUUACUUUGCUAAAGAUCCCACCUAAAGUGUUGCAGGACCUACUAUUUGGCAGUGAAGCAAGUGAAUCAAGGACGUUUCAACAACACAUUAGAAUGACAAAAAGUGGAGUUGGCGUCGAGAUUGUUUCGAAAUUGUCUGAAAUGUUGUACGAAAACAAUGUUCAUGCUCAACCAUUUUGGAUGGCCAGGGAUAUAUUGAAAUAA